GAAUAGAAGAAGCAGUUGACAAGGCACCCGCAUUUUUAUUAUCCAGCGCCUAUGUACGGUGAUUACUGAGAAAUGAACCUGUCAGCCUUUCUCUGUACAAAUGUCUACCUUGCCUUUCUUCCUGAAGCUUUUCUUCUGCCGGGCCCCUGCUCCUCUGGUACCGCCUCCGCCGGCCACGCAGUCAGACCAGGAUACGAUCGACGUGGAUCUCGAGCGGCUCGAGUCCGGGAGUGGGCACGGGCAGGGUGGGAGAACCCGUGCGGUAGAGGCGGAAGCGACGUUUGGAGUGUGGCUCGGUGGCUGUACGCCGUGUCUGUCUGAAAGGCUAUGGGGCUGCUGGAACGUGUCCGGAAGCAGUGGUUCCUGGUAGCUAUAGGGCUGGCAAUCACCUUCGCUUAUCUGCAGCCUUCCGUGGGAAUGCAUGGAGGACCAUUGAGGCCAGAGUUUACUAUAACUUAUGUUGCUGUUUCAACAAUAUUUUUAAACAGUGGACUCUCACUAAAGACUGAGGAGCUGACUAGUGCUUUGAUGCAUGUAAAACUUCACAUGUUUGUGCAGAUCUUCACACUUGGAUUUUUCCCAACUGCUGUAUGGUUUAUUCUUAAAUUAUUAGCUCUGACAUCAAUAAACCCAUGGCUUUUAAAAGGUUUGCAGACCGUUGGUUGCAUGCCUCCUCCUGUAUCAUCUGCUGUAAUCCUAACCAAAGCAGUUGGUGGAAAUGAGGCAGCUGCGAUUUUCAAUUCUGCUUUUGGAAGUUUUCUGGGAAUUGUAAUCACUCCGCUAUUACUUCUGUUGUUUAUUUUACGAAGAUACAGCAAGGAUUGGCUUGAAAGGAAGCAGCCCCCAUUUGGAGUUAUCAGCAGUUGUGUGCUCCUUAUGAUCAUAUAUUCAACAUUUUGUGAUACUUUCUCCAAUCCAAAGAUUAACCUAGAUACCUUUAGUCUGAUGAUAAUUGUUCUUUUAAUAUUUUUCCUUCAGCUGAGUUUCAUGUUUCUAACUUUUAUCAUUUCUACAAGAAAAAAAUCAGGUUUCACAGCUGCAGACACAGUUGCCAUUAUGUUCUGUUCCACCCAUAAAUCACUGACUCUUGGAAUCCCAUUGUUGAAGAUAGUGUUUUCAGGGUAUGAACAUUUAUCCCUCAUCUCUGUUCCAUUACUCAUCUAUCAUCCCACCCAGAUCCUGCUAGGUGGCCUAUUAGUUGGAACAAUGAAAAACUGGAUGAUCGCUCGUCAAAAAGCUCUAAAACUCACAAGACAGACAAAGGUUCCUGUAUAACGUGAAUGGAAUAUUUAUUUCGUAUGAAUGUACAUGUACCAUGCAAUGAAAAGUAUAUAUAGAACCUCCAGCAAACCAUUCAAGUGAAGAUUUAUGUUUAAGAAUUUUGUGUUUGUACCUGUUUUAUUUUGUAUAUGUUCAUGAUUAAGUGCCUUAAAUGUACAACUGACGCUUUUAGGUUAAUUUUCCUUAUGCAAGAACUAUUUAUUGAAUAAGCGCAGAGGACUGCAGGGUAUUUGAGGUGUAUGUCUGAUUUUUAUUUUGGUAACAAAAAAUACUUGGUAAAUCAACACAUGGGAUAUUUAAAAGAUUGUGGCAUCUAGGUUUGUGAAAUGAUGUUCAGCUAUCAAAAAAUCUUAAAGGAAUUCUUUUCAUGUUUUUAUCCUAUUUUUCUUUAAAUGAAAUAUUGCUAUUUUUCUCCCCUUAGGCUUUAUGUUUAAUGUUAUAACAUUAGCUGGCCUCAUUUUGUGUUAAAUUCACAAAGCUUUUGCCUUUUAUCCCAUGAGGAUACCCCACAGUAUGGCCAAGUGCUAUCGUGGUGGAUAAGGGCCAGAAAUUAACUCUGUUGGUGUCUGCUUCCAUUAAAACCACAUUGUCUGACACUAAUCAAAUUGAGGAGUAGUGGAUAAGUUUGAAGUAAUUUGUUGCUGGAUUGAAGAUGGGCAAGACAAUUGAUAGAAGACCUCCAAUUAAAUUGUAUCAGUACACUUCAGCUAGUCAAAAUAUCAUAUUUAAAAAGGCAAAAGUAAAUUCCAAAUAAAUAUUAUUGUUGAACAGUUAUUGAAUGUGGCAAAUGCUAUAUUUUUCAUUCUAUGGUGUAACUCUCAGGAAAAUAGUUGCUGGAAGCUGUUCUUUGAAAUGUAUUUUAUGAUGGCAUAACUGAAUCUCAAAUUCAGUGAAUCAAAAUUGUGGUUUGAUGAGCUACAGUAAUUUGUAGCUGCAACCUGCCCAAUAUCAAUCUGUUUGUUAUCAGUUAUCAGAAAUUACCCAAAAUUCUGCUUCGUAUUAUUUUACCAAAUUAGUAUCCAAUGAGGACCUGCAUCAUCUAUUUGUACAAACAUUUAUUUUGACACUGUUGUGCCAUCUGUAGUGCAGGUGAAGGUCAAUAAAGUGUCUAUUUUUAUAUAUUACAUAUGUAUAUGUGUAUACACAUGAAUUUAUAGUGUCUCAGACCAAAUUCAUGUGACCUUGAAUGACACAGUGUGAGAUUAAAAUAAACCCUUCAGUUAGAUUACUACAUUGUAUCCUUAGUAGAUUCAGUCACAAUUCCUUUGGAUAGUGUUGAGUUCAUUUAUUAAAUGCAAUAUAAGGAUUUUUUUAAUGAUUCUACUAUAAAUUCUGGAGCAUGAUCCAUGAAAUGAUGGGACCAUUAGUAAAAUACAUUUAUUAAUACAGCAUUGUAGAUAAAAUGCUUACAAUGCAUCAGGCUUUGCUCAUGUUUAAGUCACUAGUUAUGAGGUGCACAUUCAUUGAACUUAUCUGUUUUCAUUCUAAUUAAUCAUUUCUUGAAUGUUGCUUUUUGUGCGUUUCUGAACAAAAUAGCAACUGGUUGAAAUAUGCGAGCCUUUUCAGAGUUUAUGUAUGUUUUGUAUGUUAUUGGUUAUGGGCCAUUAUAAUGAAUGUGUUUUAAUCCAAACAAAUGUUUAAAUGUAAAACAAAAAACUGCUGACGCUGAAGAUCUGAAAUAAAAACAGAGAUUGUUGGAAUAACUCCGCAGAUCUGGCAGCAUCUAUGAGAGAAAACAGAGUUAACAUUUUGAGGCCACUAACACUGACCUGCUGAGUUUCUCCAGAAAUUUUUGCCCUUGUUUCAAAUGUAUAAAUGUAAAUUAUUGUUAGAAGCAAUUUACUUGUUCAUUUUACAAGCGCCUCGUUUUAUUUUUGCAAGAUACAUCAAUAAAGAGCCAUAUAGCACACACAA